AUGUUCUUGUGUUGGCAAAAUUUCGCUAUACCACAUUCUGCCAAGUCUGUCCGGUCAACUAUCCAAUUAACGACGUCAUUCUAUUUAUCCCCGCGAACACUCCAGAGACAAUUUCCUCUUUUCGCAAAUCCCCGUCAAAUAUCAACCAUGUCGUCCGCUACAUCUUUCUUCGACUUUGAGCCUGUCGAUAAAAAGGGCGCGCCCUUCCCCCUUUCAUCGCUGAACGGCAAGGUCGUCCUAGUCGUGAACACAGCCUCGAAAUGUGGUUUCACACCCCAGUUUGAAGGCUUGGAGAAGCUCUACCAGACCCUGAAGGCCCAGUACCCCGAAGACUUCACCAUCAUCGGAUUCCCAUGCAACCAGUUCGGCAACCAAGACCCAGGCUCGGACGAUGAUAUCCAGUCUUUCUGCCAGCUCAAUUACGGCGUCACAUUCCCCGUGCUCGGAAAAUUGGAUGUGAACGGCGCUAACGCUGCACCGGUCUGGACUUUCCUGAAGGAGCAGCAGCCUGGGAUCUUGGGCAUGAAGCGCGUGAAGUGGAACUUUGAGAAGUUCCUUGUUUCCGCUGAUGGCAAGGUGGUUGGCCGCUGGGCUUCCCUUACCAAGCCUGAGGGACUCCAGGAUACCAUUGUCAAGGAGAUCGAGAAGGCGAAGAAGGAGGGCACUCUUGCUUCGCUGAAGAAGACUGAGGCUGGUGCUGAGCAGGCUAAGUUGUCGUAA